CGACAUAAAGUCUCUAAAUCGAAUAUAAACUUAAAGGAUUUUGCGUAUCAUGAAAAUGAAAAGUCUGUUAAUAUUAAAAAACGUUUCGUUUGUGGUAGUAUUGUAUGUAUUCUCAAUGCUGAUAAGUGCAAUCGAGUCAGUGCCACAUCCAAAACAAACAGAACAACAUGCAAUUUCAGCUAGAGAAUCAUAUGACUUGAACAUUGGUGCCGGUGUCGAAAAUGAAAAGGAUGAUUUGCAAGCCUCCUCCUCGUUUGGUUAUGGCUACUAUUCGUAUCCAUAUUUAGGUGGUGGCUACUAUGGUGGACAUUAUCCUUCCUAUGGUGGCAUUUAUGGAUUAGGUUAUCCCUAUUAUGGUGGCUACUAUGGCGGUUAUCCUGGUUUCCAUGGUCAUUACUGGUAGACAGGCAGACAAAAAUAAAUGAGUGUGAAUAAGCAUAAAAUGAACGGUACUCUUUAAGAUAAUUCAUA